AUGGCGACGGUUCACUCAUCGAGCGAGGAUGAUUUCAACACCACCAAUCAGGACAACUCGAGCAGUUGUGUUGCCUGCGAUCGUCCGGAUUCAGCGGACAAUAUGGUGGCCUGUGAUCAGUGCAAUUGCUGGUGGCAUCUUUCGUGCGCUGGUGUUAGCGCUGGCGUUUCAAAUAGGCCAUGGACUUGCAGCAAGUGCCUUCCUCUUCCGACGAAAACGAUAUCAGCGCGGACUUCAUCUUCCGUCCGAAAAGCAAAGCUCAAUUUGGAGCUAAAGCGCCUGGAGGAAGAAAAGGAGAUCGAGAAAAGGAUCGAAAAGGCCUAUGUUAAGGAGCGCUACCGGAUCAUCGAGGAAUCCCUCAUGGAAGAGGAAGAUGAACAACAUAGUGUUCAUUCUCGGCAGCAUGCGAACCCUGCCGAAAAGUCUGAGCGUGUGACGGAGUGGGUAGCGAGCCAAGCUGGCCCCGAAUUUUUGGGCGCAGAGGGAGGAACAAUCCUCCGAGAAUCGUCAGCAAGAUUACCACUUCCGGAAGAAGCAGCGAAUGAAUUUCCAGAACGUCGAGAGCUAAUUGCAGACGCAAUAAGGAAAUUGCAACAACAGCUGCGCGACUCGGAUAGUCUGAGUUCUGUUCAACUGCGCGACUGUCAACAGCACCAGCAGCCGUCAGCAGAUAAGUUAAGCGAGCUUGAGAACCAGCUCCAACUGUGUCAGCGGGGAUUGAAAGGUGUUCGAGCUUGGCCGGAAGAAUCAAUCCGACUUCCGAAACCAUUUCCGGAAGCAUUAGUGGAUGGUCCUACACAUCCGACAGGAACGAUUCCGAAGAGCAAGCGUGUUGUUGCCCAACCCAGUCAGCAGAAGCCAUCCAUGCAAGCGGAUAGAAGGCAGCCAACGAUAGAACCGGAAUGUGUUGCGCCGGAACUGAUGUUCAGACCUGAGGCUAUUCCGACAUCGUUAACUGUCGAGGAGCCAGUGCAAGUGCCGCAGAGACGGCAGCUGUUGCCCCCACAAUCAACGAGGCAAAUUGAUAGCGGAGUUCCAGUCAAUCCGAGGCCACUUGGGCCAACUCAAGAGCAGCGUACAGCGCGCCAAGUCUUCUCGGGGGAUUUGCCAACGUUUUCCGGAAAUCCCGCCGACUGGCCUGUUUUUAUUAGCCACUACCAGUACACCACAGAAGCCUGUGGUUUCAACAACGGCGAGAACAUGAUUCGCCUUCAACGAUGCCUGAAGGGUUCGGCAUGGGAGUCGGUUCGUAACAGGCUUAUACAUCCGGGAUCCGUGCCAGCAGCCAUCAAAAUGCUGGAGAAGCGUUACGGUCGACCGGAUUUGAUCAUCGAGACCUUAAUUGAGAAAGUUAGAUCCACACCCCCGCCGAAGGCUGAUAGACUCAACACUAUCAUCGACUUCGGGACACAAGUGCAGGGUCUCUGCGAACACUUUGAGGCCGCGGAUUUGAACGAUCAUCUGAACAAUCCCUCGCUGCUAAAGGAGUUGGUGAGAAAGCUCCCGACCGAAUAUCAAAUGCUUUGGGGAAGAUACAUCAGAACGGUCGAGGCCGUGGACUUACGAACGUUCGGGACCUUCAUGGACGAAACUGUCGACGAUGCAUACGCCGUGACGUCGUACACCGGCGAAUCGAAAGCCAGGCAGUCGAAGCCUGAAAGAUCCAAGCCGGACCGGAGUUUUGUGCACAGUGACGUCGCGGGAAAGUUCGAGAAGCCGAAGGAGCGGAGUAGCUGCCAAGGUGCAGCGGAGUUUAGGAAACGAGUUUUGACUUGUGCCGUGUGCCAGAAAGAGGGGCAUAAGUCCAGAGAAUGUCGAUCGUUCCAGAAAAUGACCGUCGAUGACAGAUGGCUCCGUAUACAAAAUUUGGGACUUUGUAAAACGUGCUUGUACAGUCAUGGGACUCGUUCGUGUAGAAACAACACUCGCUGCGGCGUGGAUGGAUGCGAUGCGCGUCAUCACGCACUUCUUCACUCGGCGGAGAAACCAAAGGCAUCCUACAGCUCUGGUCCGAAUCCGACAUCGAACUACGUUGUGCAUCACGUUCACCAGUCGUCGUUUCCAUCGUUACUGUACCGUGUUAUUCCAAUCACGCUCCACAACGGUAGUUUAUCCGUCGAUUCAUUUGCCUUCAUCGACGAAGGGUCUUCGAUAACAAUGCUGGAAAAGAGUCUGGCAGAAAAACUUCAACUAAACGGGCACUCCCAACCGUUGUGCUUGCAGUGGACAUCCAAUGUGACGCGGAUCGAGAACGAUUCGAAACGAGUGACGUUCGAGAUUUCCGGCAUCAAUAAAUCAAAGCGGUACAAGGUUUCAAACGUCGGAACAACCAAUUCCCUGAACUUACCAACACAGAGUUUGCCGUUCGAAGAACUCAAGUCACGUUUUAGUCAUCUUCGAGGAAUUCCGGUGGAUGGUUACGAGAAUGCCAGUCCGCAACUUCUCAUAGGAGUUGACAAUCUACGUUUGGUGGUUCCGCUCAAGGCGCGAGAGGGCGAAGUAGGAGAUCCAACUGCGGUACGCACCCGCCUGGGCUGGUGUGUGUACGGUGGCAAGCGCGACGAGUCAACGCCAACAUUCAGUUAUCACAUUUGUGACUGUCAACAUGAUUCAUCUUUAGACGAGGCAGUGAAGACUUAUCUGACGCUCGACGAAGUUGGAUCGAAAGUGUUUACGCCAGUGUUGAGUGACGAAGACACUCGAGCAACGAAAAUUAUGCAGGAGACUACGAAGAGAGUAGGCGAUCGUUAUGAGUCCGGCCUGCUUUGGAAGUACGACUUCGUAGAGUUUCCAGACAGCUAUCCAAUGUGUCUGAGAAGACUCCAAUGUCUCGAAAGAAGAAUGGGAAAAGAACCGGCGAUGCGGGACAACAUAGUGCGUCAGAUCGAGGAAUAUCAGCAGAAAGGCUACUGCCAUCGAGCGACUCCGGAUGAGCUGCAACAGGCUGACCCCCGACGCACAUGGUACCUCCCCCUCGGCGCGGUCACCAAUCCCAAGAAACCCGGUAAGGUGCGGCUCAUCUGGGACGCUGCAGCCAAAGUCGACGGGGUGUCCUUAAAUGCGAUGCUGUUGAAAGGGCCCGACCAGUUGACAUCUUUGCCUGCUGUAUUAUUUCGGUUCCGCCAGUAUCCGGUGGCAGUUUGUGGAGACAUCAGGGAGAUGUACCACCAGAUCCUGAUUCGUGAAGCUGACCGAAGCGCUCAAAGGUUCCUGUGGCGGUCGGAUCCGAAUCAGCAGCCAGAAGUUUUCGUCAUGGACGUGGCAACGUUUGGGUCGACCAGUUCACCAGCGACUGCCCAAUACGUUAAGAAUAUCAACGCCCGCCUGUUCGCCGAUCAGUAUCCUGCAGCCGUUGAAGAAGCAAUCAGUGGUCAUUAUGUUGAUGACUAUGUGACCAGUUUUCGGAGCGUGGCUGAGGCCAAAGAAGUUACGUCCCGGGUGAGGGCGAUACAUCAACACGGUGGUUUCGAACUUCGUCAGUUCUGUUCGAACAGCGACGAGGUCAUGCAGUUUCUUGGAGAGGUCAAGGCACAUCCAGUGAAGAACAUGUGCCCAACUAAGGGAGAAAACUCCGAACGUGUGCUUGGUAUUUUGUGGGAUACGGAACACGAUGAGCUGCGGUUCCCAACGAAGAUGCGGGAAGACAUGGUGAAGUUAAUCACUACACAGGAGAAACCAACGAAGCGACAGAUACUCCGGUGUGUGAUGACAAUGUUCGAUCCACUGGGUCUUCUAGCACCGUAUCUGAUCUUUGGCAAGAUCAUUAUCCAGGAAGCCUGGCGCAAAGAGCUCGGCUGGGACGAACCGGUGGACGAUGAAACGCACCAACAGUGGCUGAAAUGGGUCCAAAUGCUUGAACACAUCAACGAUAUCGGUAUCCAGCGAUGCUAUUUCCGAGAGGCGAUCAACGAGGUCGAAGUUCACACAUUUGUGGACGCCAGUGAGAUUGCAUAUUCCUGUGUGACGUAUUUCCGCUCAACGAACGCUGCCGGAGAAGUAAAAGUUGCGCUGGUAGGCGCGAAGUCCAAAGUUGCACCCCUGAAGGCGUGGUCGAUACCGCGCUUAGAGCUACAAGCGUGUGUGUUGGGUGCACGUCAUAUGCGAAGUGUCAUCGAGGGACAUUCGUUGCAGAUAAAGAAGCGAGUGUUGUGGUCCGAUUCCGGAACAGCGCUGAGCUGGAUCAACGGAGAUCCCCGAAAGUUUAAUUGA